ACUUUUCGCGCCCUCCUGACGAACUCUGACGAAACUGAUUUCCCCUCACCCGCCGCCAUGUGUUGGGGUGCGAGAAUUGCAGGGAAUCAUGGAUCUGUCUCUGGCAAGGUCAAGAACAGAGCAAACCCGAGGCAGGGGGGGAAGGUGAUGGUAAAUUAGGGAAGCAGGGAGGAAUGGCGCUGUUUCUUGGGGAUUUGGUGUGCUUCAUCUCUUUCUCCCUCCACCACGCAGCGACUUAGCCGCUGGUUUCGCUCCACUACGUACAUAAUCUUUCGUUCCCUCUCCCUGGUGUCUCCGUGCUCGAUCAGUUUCUCUUUCGGCUGUAGGCUGCGUUAGUUGUCCGCCAGCUUGUAAAGUAAUAUGGAAGAUGUCAGCGAGAGUUAGUUUGAACGGCCAAGCCAGGGCGACUUCUGCGCAAGUCCGUUCCCAGCGAAGCUGAUAGACCCGUAAGUGUCCGUUUCGUUGCUUACGGUUAAUCUCCAGCGGAUUGUUCGUUACUGCAGUGCUCAAGACUAAUCUAAUAUGGAGGACGGCAAAGAAGCUGCCGCCCGUCCUGAAAACGGAUCUGGCUUACCGCCGAAUCUUCCGGUGCCGUUUGACUCGACCCAAAAGGCAUCUGGUGUGUCGUCAAAUCUCCCGCACCUCCCCCCACCCGCUUCGCGCGGCUUCGAACCUCCUCGAGAUCCGUCCAAAAUCCUCACCGCCCAAGAUAUACCCUCUCAAAUAGAAACGACUCCGAUUUCUACCCCUGGUUCCGUUCCCGGCGGUCACGUAAUUGGGAACAUUCCAGGCGGAGGUCCCGGAAUUUCCGGAACUCAUGGAAGCUCUUUUCCCGGUCAAGGUGGGGUCGAAGGAAGCGGUCCGAGCACGCCCGGCCCUCCCGCGGCUUUAAUCGGCGGCGUAGGCGGUUCGUCGGGGAUGGAGACUACGCCGCAACGGACGCCGCCCGGUCGCGGCUCGGAUACUAAGGCGUUCGUUAAGGAGCUCCAGGCGUUCUUCGAGACGCGUCAUCAGGAGUUUAAGGUUCCCAAGUUCUAUGGCGUGGAGGUGGAUCUGUUAAAACUUUGGCAAGUUGUCUGCUCCUUCGGUGGCUUUGACAAGGUGACAAGUGGCAAGCUCUGGCGCGUCGUUGGAGACCAAUUCGACCCACCCAAAUCAUGCACGACACUCUCCUGGUCAUUCCGGGGUUUCUACGAGAAGGCUCUGCUGGAGUACGAACGGCAUGUGGGUGUUGAUCCCAUGCUGGAGGGCACCCUGGCCAUCACCCCGAGAUCCGACGCCAAGCACCACGGGGGGCAGGAGCAGGGGGGCAGUGGGCCACGUGGAGCCAAGAGGGUGGCUGCAGCCAAGACAGGCGCUGGGGAUGGUGAUCACACGGAUACUCCCAAGGAACGGGGCACUCCAGGGUCAGGCCCAAAGCGGCACCGGAGGAACCAGGAUGGUGAGGAGGCACCUGAGGGAACACCUGGGUCAGCGGCCAGAGCAGCAGACGCGCCCAGGCCCAGAGGCAGGCCUCCUGGCAGCGGGGCAGGCACACCCGGGGGAGGUGGCACUUCAGGGCGGGAGGGGGGGAGGCGGACUGCAGGGGAAGGGGGAGCUGGACGGGUGGAGGGUAGAGGAGGAGCGGGAGGAGGAGGGGUGGGAGGGGGAGUAGGAGGGGGAGCAGGGGCAGGGGGGGGAGCAGGGGGAGGAGUGGGUCCGGGGAUGGAUGAUGGUGCAGUGGCAGUGGUGAAUGACCUGGGCUUGCCGGCUGAUUGGGUUCGAAUCAACGUCAGGCGCUCGCCGGACUGCUUCGAGAUCUAUGCUCUUGUCCCGGGGCUGCUGCGGGAAGAGGUGCGGGUGCAGUGUGAGCCGGCAGGCAAGCUGGUCAUUGCAGGGGAGCCGGAGCAACCUGACAACCCCUGGGGAGUCACGCCAUUCAAGAAGGUGAUUCUGCUGCCAGCAGCCAUCAAUGCGAAUCAGACGUCAGCAGUGGUAACCCUACACGGCCAGCUCUACGUGCGCGCCCCCCUCGCUCACCCCGGCCCCCCCGCCCUCUCCCCCCAGAUGACCCCCAUCCCCGCCCCUGACCUCCCCCCUCCGCCGUUGCCCCAGAUGGGGGGAGGACAGGGGCAAGGGGGGCAGGGGCAGGGGAAUCAGGGGCAGAUGGGGCAGGGGCAGGGGGGGCAGGUUCAAGGGCAGGGUCAGCAAGGGGUGGUUUCUCAUGGUCAGACGCACUCACACGGGCAUGGGCAUGUGAAGCAGCAGUCACCCCCUCAGGCACAUCAGCAGCAGACACACAAGGAACAGGGUCAAACAGGUGCUAGGGCCAUGCCACAGCAGCAUCCUCUAGCUGCAGCGCAUGCAGCACCACUGCAGCAGCAGCAACAGCAGCAGCAACUGGUGCAGCAGGCUCAGCCGCAGGUGCCGUUUCAAGUGCAAUCUCAGGUGCAGGCAGCACAGCAGCAACAGCAGCAGCCGCCCAGGCCGGAGCGGUCAGCUGAUGUGGAUAUGGCGGGUAACUAUGGAGGUGAGGGGUUGAGGGAUGGUGGCAGGGAGGGGAAUGCAAGUGUGAAUAAGCCCAUGGAAUCUCAAAACGGAGUGGCCCAGCAGCUGCAGCAGCAAGCACAGCAGGGGAAGCAAGGAGAGCGGGAGGCGGGUACAAACGAGAUGGCAGUUGGCAUGGCGGUCACUGCUGCCUCCUGAGUGGUGUGUGGAGGAAGGAUACAGACGAUGUGUCAUCCAUUGCAACAACCCGGCUGGACUGACGACGUGAUUACCAUCCACCUAAUUUGAACAGCUAAGGCUCUUCUUCUCUUUUGUAGAGAUUGCAUGACGACAGGAGGACUCAUCGGAUUUUGCGCUCUGACACAGCUGCUGCCGAGGUAGUCAUGGUGACAUGCUUUUACGUUGUGUUUCACGUUGCAUGUAGGCCAGUAAGUUACUGGUCUUUGGCGUGUUGUGUAUGUAUUGAUGUGGCGUCCAAGCCCCCUUGACAAAGAUGGAAAGAUCCUACUUUCAUGGAGUAACAUAC